AGUCAUUUUGACCAAAGGAAAAAUUCUCCGGAAAAAUAUUGUGUGAGGAUUCGUGUACAGACUGGACUACCUGGUGCAUGUGGAGGCAAACAGAGUCGCCAGCGGGCAUUAAUUAGUGAUUGGGUCGAUCCCAUAUAUAAAGGAGACGCGCCUACUGCUUGCUCUGUCUCCAUACGAACCAAGAUGAGCUACGGAUCUGAUGUCUUCUCCUCCUCCUCCUACCGAGGUUUUCGGGAAUCUCCCCGUUAUGCGUCCUCUCCAUCCCGCACAAAUAUGGCGUCUCCACACGCCGGGGGUUACCGGUCCUCCUCCCUGACCCGAGGAAACAUCUCCCUGGGCUCGUACAACAGAAAGUCCGGCCGCUCCUUCUCCUCCAUUGCCGCUGGAGACCUUCGACCUGACCAGAGCAGCGUCCACAAUGAGUUCAAAAUCAUCCGCACCAAUGAGAAGGAACAAAUGCAGGGUCUCAAUGACCGAUUUGCAAUGUUUAUUGAGAAAGUGCGCAACUUGGAGCAGCACAACAAAGCUGAGACGGAGUUGAUCGCUCUGCGACAGCGGCAGACCGAGCCGUCCCGCCUGGCGGAGCUUUACCAGCAAGAGAUCCGCGAACUGCGCUCCCAGCUGGAGGAGCUGAACGGAGAGAAGUCCCAGCUGAUGAUCGAAAGGGACAACAUCGAAGACGACCUGCAGAAGCUCAGAAAAUACGAAGAGGAGUUCCGCGCAGAGAGGAGGCAGAGGCCAACCUCAAGCGUUAAGAAAGACGUGGAUGAUGCCACCAUGGUGCGCCUGGACCUGGAGAAGAAGGUAGAAUCUCUGCUGGACGAGAUCAACUUCCUCAGGAAGGUGCAUGAAGAGGAGGUGGCCGAGCUGACAGAUAUGAUCCAGGCCGCGCAGGUGUCCGUGGAGAUGGAGGUGUCCAAGCCGGACCUCACCUCCGCACUCAAGGAGAUCCGCGGCCAGUACGAGUCCAUGGCGUCAAGAACCUGCAGCCGCGAGGAGUGGUACAAGACCAAGUUUGCGGAUCUGUCCGAGCAGGCCAGCCGGAGUAACGGCAUUCGAGCCAGCAGGGAGGAGAUGAACGAGUUCAGGAGGCAGCUACAGUCCAAGACCAUCGAGAUCGAAAGUCUGAGGGGAACCAACGAGUCUCUGGAGAAGCAGCUGCGGGAGAUGGAGGACAGCACAAUGUGGAGAUUGGAAAACUAUCAGGAAAGCAUGGCAGAGCUAAAUGAACUGAGGACCACUAAGAGCGAAAUGGCUCGUCACUUGAGAUAUCAGGAUAUGCUGAAUGUCAAGAUGGCACUGGAUAUUGAAAUUGCAGCAUACAGGAAACUACUGGAAGGAGAGGAGACCCGCAUCGGCAACGGCCUGGCCUAUCCCACCCCCUCCAUAACCUCCAGUGCUGGGCAGGGCUACAAACUACCAACCCAUUACACCAGCUCAGGCAAGAGCUCCAAGAAGGAGGGCAAGGACGAGGAGCAACAGCAGCAGAUCAAGUCCGGAGGGAAGGUCUCCCAGCGUGAAGUUUUCGAGGAAACAGUCGUCACCACCAAGAAGAUGGAACAGCAGGAUGAUAUUCCCAUCCAUCAGAAAAACUAGGAGCCUUCUGUAAGCCCAGAGUCAACCCCUAAAGCUUCCCUAUAUCUCCACAAACCUCUUCAUCUCCCAUCCUAAAACAAACCUGGCGCUUUUACACUUCAAAUAAGAUAGUGAGAUUGUCAUGGUUUCUAUCUGAACCAGUGUGCGUUGGACAUCUUCAAGUGUAGAAUCUUACAGUUUGGUUUUUAUGUUGGUGUAUU